UGAUGCUCCACAGUUAACUCUCUAUGUUGGGUCCAAUAAGCUUCUUGGCGAGACUUGUGACAUUACCCUAACAAAUAAUUGGAACUUGUAGCAUGAGCCUGGGAGGAUGCCGAUCCAGGCCCCUCAGUGGACCGAGUUUCUCUCGUGUCCCAUUUGCUGCCAUGAAUUUGACAGUGGUCAGCGUGGACCCAUCAGCUUGGGCUGCGGACACACCGUCUGCCGGGCCUGCCUGGCCAAGCUGCAGCGCAACCAGUGCCCUUAUGACCAGACUGUGAUGAGGCUGGAGCUUGACCAACUUCCUGUAAAUGGUGCACUGCUGUCACUAGUGGGGGCUGGGACAAGUGUGGAGGAGGGGGAGCUGCCCCCUCCUCCACCUGUACCUGCCACUCACUCUCGUAACUACUUAAUGGCCGUCAAGUGUAUCAAAGAUCUGGCACUCUUCCUUAAACCUUUCUCUGGCACUGGAACAAAUGGCUCUACAUCACUUCUGUCCCGACCAAUGCAAAGGAAACUGGUGACUCUCAUUAACUGUCAGCUGGUGGAAGAUGAGGGGCGGGCCAGGGCAGUUCGUGCCGCUCGAUCCUUGGGUGAACGGACAGUCACUGAACUCAUAUUACAGCAUCAGAACCACCAACAACUCUCAGCUAACCUAUGGGCAGCAGUGAGAGCCAGAGGAUGCCAGUUUCUUGGACCAGCAAUGCAGGAAGAAGUGUUGAAACUGGUUCUUUUAGCCCUUGAGGAUGGUUCAGCUCUCUCCCGAAAGGUGUUGGUCAUGUUUGUGGUUCAGCGCCUGGAGCCACACUUCCCACAGGCCUCCAAGACCAGUAUCGGACAUGUGGUGCAGCUACUUUAUCGAGCAUCUUGCUUUAAGGUAUCAAAGAGAGAAGGAGACUCAUCACUUAUGCAGCUGAAGGAAGAAUUUAGAACUUACGAAGCCUUGAGACGAGAACAUGAUGCCCAGAUUGUUCAAAUAGCAACAGAAGCCGGCCUCAGAAUUGCACCAGAUCAGUGGUCAUCUCUCCUUUAUGGUGACACUGCACAUAAAUCCCAUAUGCAGUCUAUUAUAGAUAAACUUCAAACUCCACAAUCUUUUGGCCAGUCUGUACAGGAGUUGGUGAUAGCUCUUCAAAGAACAGGAGAUCCAGGCCAGUUGUCAUCUUUAAGACCACAGUUAGAAUUAUUGGCUGCAUUAGAUCCUUCCCCUGAUGCUCCCCCUCCUGGCUGGAAACCUUGUGCAGCUGCCAUGGAAGCAGUAAGAGCAGUUGUUACAGGAUUAGUACAUUUUAUACAGCAUCAUGGCAAUCGAAAAAUGCCCGAUGCCCAUCACCCACAUAAUGCAAAGUACAAGACCAGCAUGUGCCGAGAUUUAACCCAGAGAGGGGGGUGUCCUCGGGGUAAUAACUGCACGUUUGCCCACUCCGAAGAGGAGCUCGAGAAGUAUAGAAAUAGAAGUCGUAAGCACGGGAAAGGCAUUCCACAACCACCUGCAGCUCCAACCAUCAAGCAGCACCAUCAGUCCCAACAGCAUCAGUCCCAACCACAGCAACAGCCACAGGGAGGUGUAGAAACAGUCAUUACUGCAAAAAAUGGGGAACAUGCACCUGUUGCAGUCAUCCAGAAGACAGGGACAGUUGAAGAGAUAUUACAACCAGGGGAAGUACCUUCAACUCCUACUCCAUUUGUGCACAUCCCAGCUCAUACACAGUCCAUGCCAGUAUUACCUGCCCCAACUCCUGCCCCAACAAUUAUACAAUCAGCUUUAGCACCAACUCCCUUUCACCCAGCACAAAUGGCUGACUACACUUACAGUUCCUUCCCUUGCCAACCUCCAGUGUUUGCACCUUCCCAACAACCUAUACCUUCCACACCAACUGCUGUUUUUUCUGGUCAGGCGACAGCAAUAGUCCCUGAUUUAUAUGGUGGAAAUGCUCCGACAAUGCUUCUAAAUACAGCACCUGUGUAUAAUGUUACUGGUCAUACUAGUGAGUUUUGUAUUCCAAUUGCCAAUACCAAGCCUACCAGCUCCGCUAUUCACCCGCUUGUCUCGUGUUGGCCAGAUACUAGUUGCACAACAUUUUGUGUGGCUACAACAGCAACAACUAAUUCUUUGACAACAGUAACAAGUGUUGCAACCAAAUCAAUGGAAGAGUUAAAAGAGAGAAAAGAGGCUAUCUUAAAUCAACUUGAGACAAUUGUUGGGAAAGAAGCAACUCACCAAGUUGCAACCCAAAUUGAAAAUGGUGAAGAGCCAAGUAAACCACAAGAAUUUACAUCCACGUACAGUAUAUGGACUUCUGGUGCUGAUUUUUAUAUUGCUUCAAAAUCAAUAGACAAAAGUUACGACCCAAGCACCGGUUACCGCACCUUCGCUGCCAGGAAAGAAGAUGCAAAAGGAAAGGAUGACUUCAUUCCCUUUGACCCACCGCUGGUGAGUCGGUUUGGACCAAUCUCCAGAAUGUCACGCACAGUCAUCCAGCCGGCAAAUCCUAUCCAGUCUUCGGCAAGCAACCCGACUGAAACCACCACCACUCCAACUGUGAGACGACCAGUACCUGCAAUUUCACCCAUGCCACAGGUUCUUUAUCAGCCUGGAGGCUAUACUGUGGGGGUCAUGACCUGCAUACCCACACCCCUAGAGCACAUGAACACUCUGGGCCACGGCAUAGUUGAUCCCCUGCUCUCGCAUCUUGAGUCAUCCGGGAUAAGGACAAUACCUGCAGACCCAGCACAGCAAGAAUGUCUGAGGCAGCAGUUCACUGCAGUUUUAGAUGAAAAGAGGAUGGGAGGCAUCUUAUACGGCCGUGCGUCUUAUAGGCCGACAAAUAUGGCUGAGUGGCAAGAGGUGCGUCUUAAAGAGGAGCUGAGUCUUGUGAUGAACAGGAUCGAAGUUAAGCGGAAAGAAAUGGAAGCAAGAAAUUCUACUCGGGUGUUUCCUUAGGGGUUUGGCUGAAAGUGAAGGCAGUUCUGUGAGUGUGUCUAGGGCAGCAGUCACCUGAAGAGCAGCUCGAAUAUUGCUGUGAGGCUUCACAACACACUGUUUGCUUAACCUGCUGUGGUAAAGAUGGUUUAAGGGAUUACAUUGCUGUAGGAGGGUUGCCUCAUCUUCAUAUUGUCCCCAGCCACCUAAGUUUAGGGAUGCCUGGCUCCCUAACCUAUAGACCCUGGUGGGCAUAUACUGUACACAGAUACAGUACUGUACUGUAGUUCUUUUCAGGCUGCAUCAUAAAACUGAAUUUCAGAAGCAAUAUUUCAUUUGUAAUAAUUUAUACUGUACUUUUAUAGAGAGUAUGGUGUAUUAAAAUAUAGCAUAUAUCAUGCAGAUGUGUCAUGAUUUAAGAAAUAUGUGGGUGUUAUUUUAAGUAAGCAUGACUUACUCUGAUAAAAAAAAACACUUUUUUCUUAUUUUGAAAAAUGUACCUUUCUGUAUAUGAUUAGAAUCCCAGAAAAUAUUAAUGAUCAAAGCAUUAUCUCUUGGUCAGUCAUAUAAUGGCUCACACUUAUCAAAAUUAGUUUACAGUAAGGAUCUUUGAGGAAAGAUAAUGCCAUGUUUGUCCUGAAAAUUGGUAAAUGUGUCUGGCCUUCUCAUCAGCUGAUGAAUUGACCAGUUGGAUGGUUGCAAUCAAACCCUGUUUAAGCUAAGCUUAGAAGAAUGAACAGUAUAUCAGAUUAUAUUUAUACUGUACAUGACAGUUCAACACCAUUAUCUUCAUCUUCAAAUGGAUGUGCAAAUUUGCUUGAAUUCCUUACUUGAGAAUAAAUAAGGCUCGAUGUGCAAAUCACCAUAUAAGAUGCCCAGACUGUGUAAAUCACCAUGUAGAUGCCCAGACUGUGUAAAUCACCAUGUAGAUGCCCAGACUGUGUAAAUCACCAUGUAGAUGCCCAGACUGUGUAAAUCACCAUGUAGAUGCCCAGACUGUAAAUCACCAUGUAGAUGCCCAGACUGUGUAAAUCACCAUGUAGAUGCCCAGACUGUGUAAAUCACCAUGUAGAUGCCCAGACUGUAAAUCACCAUGUAGAUGCCCAGACUAUGUAAAUCACCAUGUAGAUGCCCAGACUGUACUUGUCUGUCAAAUUUUAUAUUUUUGUAUUUAUGUCUUACCUGCUACUAGUGGAUACAAGAUGAUUUUUGUUCUUAUUCUCUGUAAAUAAAGCUGCUGCUACUGGAUGCUGCUUCAAAUAGGGUAACAAUGAUGCCAAUAUUUGUAAUUUGGGCAGAUACGCUUGAAGGCAAAAGCUCGAUCCCAAAAUAUUUUAACAUGAUGAUACUUAAUAUAAUUAUUAUUGCUGAUGACAUAGAAUAUAUAAGUGUUUUGUAAUAUUAAAAGUAGUUGGCCAUUAAUUAUUGUAAAUGCAGGAAGAAGGUCAUUGUUUGUCAAUGUCAGCUGAUUUAGAACAAAUGUUGACGUGUUAUCUUACAUUCAUUCAUAUUUAUCAGCUUAUCUUGCAUAGGUUAAUAGUGACAUCCAGUAGCAGAAGCUUGAACAAGUUUUGGGAAUCAACUUCCCAAAUUAUUAUUGAAUUAAAAUAUAUUUUAAUGUACAGUAUGCAUUGUACAGUGAUGCUAUCGAAGGCUAGUUGAUUCUUAGUAUUGUAUAGUGUGGGUCAUGUAUAAGUGAUCAUUAUUGUGUAGUGUGGGUCAUGUAUAAGUGAUCAUUAUUGUGUAGUGUGGGUCAUGUAUAAGUGAUCAUUAUUGUGUAGUGUGGGUCAUGUAUAAGUGAACAUUAUUGUGUAGUGUGGGUCAUGUAUAAGUGAACUUUAUUGCGUAGUAUGGGGUCAUGUAUAAGUGAACAUUAUUGUGUAGUGUGGGUCAUGUAUAAGUGAUCAUUAUUGUGUAGUGUGGGUCAUGUAUAAGUGAACAUUAUUGUGUAGUAUGGGGUCAUGUAUAAGUGAACAUUAUUGUGUAGUGUGGGUCAUGUAUAAGUGAACAUUAUUGUGUAGUGUGGGUCAUGUAUAAGUGAUCAUUAUUGUGUAGUGUGGGUCAUGUAUAAGUGAACAUUAUUGUGUAGUAUGGGGUCAUGUAUAAGUGAACAUUAUUGUGUAGUGUGGGUCAUGUAUAAGUGAACAUUAUUGUGUAGUGUGGGUCAUGUAUAAGUGAACAUUAUUGUGUAGUGUGGGUCAUGUAUAAGUGAACAUUAUUGUGUAGUAUGGGGUCAUGUAUAAGUGAACAUUAUUUUGUAGUGUGGGGUCAUGUAUAAGUGAACAUUAUUGUGUAGUGUGGGGUCAUGUACAAGUGAACAUUACUGUAUUGUCAGCUUACAGUGAUGGUGAAAGUUUUGAAGUUUGAGAAAGUGAUUUGGUAGAUGAGAAAGCUGCUCUUCCAUAGCCUCACUCAUGAACUUUGUUUAUGACCUUCAUGCUGUCAUAGAGAUACUUUUAAAAAAAUCACUGCCCGUGUAUAUCCAUUGUGCAUCAUAUAUUAAUGUUUGCCAUGAUGAAUACCCUGUGUGUGUUUCAUAUUGGAAUAGUUUGUAUAAUAUUGUACAGUAGAGAAAAUUUUAUGUGACUCCAGUGCUACUCUACAUAAAUGCUAAUUAGCGUAAUGAUGUUUGCACUGGACGUUUUUGGAGCAGCUUCUCCCGCUGACGAGUGAACUGGAAUAUGCAAGCGACAUUGAUGUUUAUCUGAAUAAUACGCCCAUCGUUUAUUGAGGAUGUUUCAUCUACCUUUUUUGUGAAGAUAGUAGAUAAUUAUAGAAUUACUGUACUAUGGUUUUAGUCAACAUCUCAUAUUUCCACCUUUUUUGUGGAAAUUUCGGUCUUUAUUUUGCAAAGAUUGGUUAGCGGUUUAAAAAGGUGGUUGUAUCGAGACUUAGGGAACCUUGUCAGUGUUUUAAAGUUAACAGUAACUGGAUCACAGAACAAGCUGAUCAAAUUGACAAAAUAUUUGUUUUGCCAGUUAAUCAAGCUCAAGUUAAUUGAUGGAAAUUCAUUUUUUAAUUUUUUCUUUUAAUUUGGGUGUGAUUUACAAACUUAUAUUCAUAUUACUGUGAAACAUUGCAAAUAUUUUAUUUUUGGUCAGUGAUCAUUAAAACUUAUUCAAUAAUAAAACUUUAAGUACUGUAUAUGAAGAAUUUUUUUUUAGUCAAUUGUUAUGUCAUCAGAGUAAUUAAUUGACAAAUGAAUAAUUUGAUGAGCAUACACUGUUAAUGGAAAUAUAUUGUGAUUGAAAAAUAUAUAUAUAUAUAAAAGUGAAAUAUCAGUAGACAUUGCUACUCAGUAAUACUGUAUUUUGUUCUGCAGUCCUGUCAGAUUAUCACUUGGGUCAUAGUUAACAGUUAAUACACUUUCUGGAUCCAGUUUGCAUCAUUUGCGCUUGAGCAUACAUUAGCAGGCACUUCAAGUGGAGAAGCACAGCAUUGCUUCAGCAAGGGCGUUCAUUCCCAGGCAACUGCGUUACCUGGUGACAUAUGUCCAAAUUACAUGAACCUUGGUGAAGAUCGUGUGUUAGUCAGAUGAUUCUUGUAAGGUUUACCAUAAUUUAGAUUUUUAAUAGAUUGGAGGGCCAUUGUGGCCACUUACUCAUUAACAAUUAUAGUUAUAUGGGAUCAUUUUUGUAAGAAAAGUCUCACAUAUAUGCAAGGCUGACUGGGAUAAUUUUUGUAAGAAAGGUCUCACCUAUACUGACUAUAAUGCAUGCUUUACCGGGUUCAUGAUACUAAGCCUAUAUUAGGAAUUACCAAAUUGAUAAAAAGUUAAUAGCUUUUAUCGAGUAUUAGGAUCAUUAAUUUACUGUGGUUGGAUUAUUGAUAUUGUAUGUAUCAAUUAACUACUUCCCAUGGGAAGCUCAUUGUUUUUUCUGCAAAAUGCAAUUUAUAUUAUGAAAUCCUUUCUAUGGGUUGGUGUAGACUUCUAUAAUUUUUUUCAAAAUGCUAUAGCUUGAUAUUAUUAUAUUUGUUGUUAGUAGAACUCAAGAUGUUUCUUAUCAUUUUUGCGAGCAAAGUACAGGUAAGCUGUAUUUCUUAUCACCAAAUUGUUUUUAAUAUGACCAUUCUGGAUUUUCUUGUCACUUUUUCCAUAGAUAAGUAGUGCAGUAUUUGAUGUUUAAUAGCAAGUAAAGCAUAGACUAAUUCCAUCUUUUUAUUGUUGACUACGAUAGACUGAUUGUGACUGAAACAGCAUAUUUUGGUUUUGCUGUUGUACUGAACAACUUACACUACAGAUAAUGUUUUUGUAGUGCAGACCCUUUGCUUAAUGAUUGAUUAUAUGCCUAAAGGCACCAGUAAUCUUCAUAAUAUGCUUGAGUUUACCUUAACUAGCAUUGCCAAUAAGUUAUGCAAAAAACCUGUCACAUUUAACUAGAUUAGCGAUUUCUUGGUGUAUCUUGUGUCACAGCAGCUUCAGGAAGCCAUUAAUAUGUAAACAUCUUUGUGGUGUUUUUUUCCAUUAUAAUGUCUUCUCUAGAGCAUCUGUCACCUUUAAGGGAACUACAUUUCUCUUAUGCAGUUUCUGUUUCCCAUCUAAGAUGGUAAUUUCAGAGUGUAAAAUUGUUUGACCCUUAAACUAUUCAGAUAUUAAAAUAUAUCAAAACCCUAAAUUUCAUUGUUGAGUAUUAACAUUGUAAACACUGGCUCUGUAGCCUCCCAAAGUGUGGUUACAGAGAGGCCACUUUGUAGUCUCCCAAAGUGUGGAUACAGAGAGGCCAUUUUGUAGUCUCCCUAAGUUUGGUUACAGAGAGGCCACUUUGUAGUCUCCCAAAGUGCGGUUACAGAGAGGCCACUUUGCAGUCUCCCAGAGUGUGGUUACAGAGAGGCCACUUUGUAGUCUCCCAAAGUGAGGUUACAGAGAGGCCACUUUGUAGUCUCCCAAAGUGUGGUUACAGAGAGGCCACUUUGCUGUUUAAUUUUAAGCUAACAGUAAUGACGAGAUGAACUAUUAUGAGCCGAGAAAGAACAUAUGUAAGUAAGAAAGAAUUUAACGAAUGAAGGAGUUAACUGUAUGGUACAGUAACAGCUCUUCCUUCACUCAGUAUCAUUUAUUGUUUCUUAACUGCUAUAGCAGAUGUGCUGCUAUAUAGGACUCCUCAUUAAACCCCAAAUCUCUUUACAGUACCUUUGUUUCACACAAGAUAGGCUCGCCCAUCAGCAUCAACACCAUACACACACAUUUUUGCUUCCUGGAUGGCCAACUUUCUCAUCUCUAGUGUACUGUAUAUUAGUUCCCAUUCUCUCUUCUUCUUGAUGAGUCUAUACAUCAUAUGAUGCACUUGUGAAUUCUGUAUUACAUUUUUUUUUUUUUUA